GUUAGAGAAGUUUCUGUAUUUAGUAAAUACUAGCAAGUGCAUCAUAAUGAGCAUUCCCAAUCGCUCUCAAGGUUGACUAUCGAUCGUAUAAUAUCUCUUUCCCUUUGCCACAAAGACCCUUGUACUCCCGUAUGUACGGAGAACUCUGAUAUUCGCUUUGCUCCGAUAUGAGAAACUGGGAACCGUAACCGCACCUGAUGAAGUCCCAAAAACCAGCUCCCCCAGUAUCCAUGUCUACAAUGAUCGAGAAAACAUAGAGCGACGGCUUUAUUGAUUGUUAAUCGGAGGAACACAGGCCUGUAGUAAUAGGCAAGGUUUCAGAGCUGAUCCGAUAUGCAUCUAAGCUAAAUCCGGAACCUCCGAUUUUCGCUACUUAUCCAAGUGUACCUGGUCAAUCAGAAUUGCUAGCAAUGCUACAAUACUAUAUCUAUUGUCUAAUUCCCAUCAAUAUCAACUUGGUUCAUUGUAUAUAAUCCAGGCUGAUAAAACUUACAACUAGAGUCUGGCCUCUCAAGAAAAUUUACCUCUUUGACGACAUUGCCAAGCUACCAUUUAUCGUUCUCCAUGUUUACCUAUACUCAAUCGUUGUUUACAAGACGCGCCUUGCUCUUCGGGAAGUCAUCCCUCACACAGUUAUCGAAUUAUAGAGCACUAUCCUUCUCAUCAAGAGUCAUGUCUACAAAUGACUGGAGCGCCACUCAAUAUCUGAAGUUUGAAGAUGAGCGGACUAUGCCGGCUCGCGACCUCCUUGCUCGGGUUCCUCUCCAAGCCCCAAGAAGAAUAGUUGAUCUGGGCUGUGGACCGGGCAAUUCAACCGCCGUUUUGGCGACUCGUUACCCUGAUGCUCAUAUCGUGGGAAUGGAUUCAUCGCCCGACAUGAUCCAGAAAGCGAAGGCGUCUCUCCCAGCCUAUGAGUUCAGCGUCGAAGAUCUGCGGUCCUAUUCUCCGCCUCCGUCAGUCGAUCUUUUCUUCUCCAAUGCUGUUUUCCAAUGGCUAAAGAAAGACGAGCGGAUUGCAGUCAUUAAGGGCCUAAUGGAGACUCAACCCUCUGGAGGAGUGUUUGCCUUUCAAGUGCCAGACAAUCUAAUGGAGCCCUCCCAUGUCCUGAUGAGGGAGGUUGCCAUUAAUGGCCCCUGGGCGUCCACUCUCAGCAAUGUUGGCAGAGAUACCUUUCAGUCACCACAGGAAAUAUAUGAUCAACUGAAGGAUUUGUCUUCCGAGGUGAACAUUUUUAGAACUGAGUACUACCACUCGCUUGAGGAUCAUAAAGCCAUCGUGGAGUGGGUAAAGGGCACCGGGUUAAGACCCUAUGUUGAUCCAUUGUCGCUGCAAGAUAAGGAAGAGUUUUUGAGCGAGUAUCUGAAACGAUUGGAGAGUGCGUAUCCCAAGUUGAUCGAUGGUCGGGUUCUGCUACCCUAUCCACGCUUGUUUGUCGUUGCGGUCAGGAAAUAAAGCAGGGUUUUUAUAACAGACGACCGAGUCAAUAAUGCUUACCAGAUAUGCCCUAAGUUAAAGACGGAAGUAUUGCUCAGCAAUGUCUAUAGUAUACGAGCUAUGUACAAAACAUCAGUACGCAUGCUAAAUACAAGUAUAUUGUCAGA